AUGAAGGUGCUUCCUCAUCCGCCGUGGGCAGGCGUCUGCCUCGGUGUAACGGCCAUGUGCCUCAUUGCAACAAUUGUAUGCCUCGGUGCAACGGGCGUCUUUGCUCAUGACUGUAACUACAAGGCAUCCAAUGUCGUGACCAAAACAAACAGUCUCACGGCCGACCUCAAGCUCACUGGCUCAUGUCCUCUUUAUCCCAUUAAUCACCAAGGCGCUCUCCUUGACUUGAAACUCCUCGUCGAGUAUCAGACUCGUCAUCGCCUUCACGUCAAGAUCUACGAUGCUGGGUCAAGCGUCUAUCAAAUUCAAGAGUCGGUUUUUCCGCGGCCGGCAAACGAGAAUCCGACAGAUUCAGAACUCGAGCUCAAUGUCUUGAACAACCCAUUUUCAUUCUCGGUCAAACGCAAAAGUAAUGGAGAGGUGCUCUUUGAUACGUCGGGCACUCCGCUCAUCUUCCAGUCGCAAUACGUUCGCCUUCGCACCAAACUCCCUUCGGAUCCCAAUCUGUACGGAUUGGGCGAAAGCUCCGACUCCUUUAGGCUUGCGACUACAGGAUACCAUCGUACGUUUUGGAACGCCGACUCGGCUUUUCUACCGCGCAAGCAAAAUCUCUAUGGAAGCCAUCCGAUUUACUUUGAUCAUCGAGGAGGCAAAGGAACACACGGUGUAUUUUUGCUCAAUGCCAACGGUAUGGAUGUCAGAAUGGACAGAGAUGGAUCUGGACAGCAAUAUCUGGAAUACAGCACUAUCGGCGGUGUUUUGGAUUUCUACUUUUUUGCCGGAUACUCUCCGGUCAAUGUCUCCAGGCAGUAUGCCGACGCCACAGGAUAUGCGGCCAUGGUCCCGUACUGGGCCUUGGGUUUUCACCAGUGCAAGUAUGGCUGGCCUAGUAUCGAUUACGUCAAGUCUGUUGUCGCAAAUUACUCCAAUGCUGCUAUCCCGCUGGAAGUGGUAUGGGGUGACAUUGAUUACAUGGACGCCCGGCAGGACUUCACCCUACACCCCAAGAACUACCCCCUGUCCCAAAUGCGCUCUUUCAUCAAUGGACUGCACGAAGAGGACAAGAAAUACGUCAUGAUGCUCAGUCCCGGAAUUCAUAGAAGAAAUGGCUACGGGCCCUACCACCGAGGUAGGGCGAGCCAAGUAUUUCUCAAGAACAAGGAUGGGUCUGAUUAUCGCGGCAGGCAAUGGCCCGGUGAGGUAGUGUGGCCGGACUGGUUUGCUCCCAACACGCAGAAAUGGUGGACCAAUGAGAUACAGACAUUUUUUGAUCAAGAUACAGGUGUCGACGUUGACGGAUUGUGGAAUGAUAUGAAUGAGGGGUCCAACUUCUGUCGUAAGCUCAACUGCAACCCCAGCGCCAAGCGGGCGCUUUACAUUCACACCAAUGAUAUUACGCCGUCUGUGCGUGUCCGUACUCGAGGGCGUGAAUUGUUGAGUCAAGAUUCUCCAAUACAGGCCAAAAAAGGCCUUCCAUAUCGAGACUUGUUCCGACCUUCGUACAAGAUCGAGAACUACAAGGGCGACUUGAGCGACUCGACAAUCUACACCAACACCUCCAAUGCUGAUGGUACAUUUCAAUAUGACACUCACAACUUGUACGGAAUCAUGAUGGCUAAUGCUACACGCAACGCCCUUUUACAACGACGACCCGAGAAGCGACCGUUUAUUCUUAGUCGAUCUACAUUUGCUGGGGCCGGUAGCAAGAUGUCACACUGGUUCGGCGACAACUACUCUGCCUGGGAUGACUAUCGCUUCUCUAUUUCCCAGAUGCUCAGCUUUACAGCCAUGCACAACAUGCCCAUUGUUGGAUCUGACAUCUGUGGGUUCGGUGGUGACGCUCAGGAAAAGAUGUGCGCACGGUGGGCCAUGCUCGGUGCCUUUCAGCCAUUCUACAGAAACCAUGCGGAUGAAAAGUCGACUUCGCAAGAGUUCUACCGCUGGCCACUUGUCUCCGAGGCAGCCAAGAAAGCCAUCGAUGCUCGGUAUAAACUGUUGGACUACAUCUACACAUCGCUUCACAGGGCAAACAGAGAUGGUAGCCCGAUAGCGUCUCCCCUGUUUUUCAAAUAUCCAAACGACGCCAACACUUUUGGUAUCCAGUAUCAGUGGUUGCUUGGCGAUGGCAUUUUGAUCUCGCCUGUCCACGACGACGACUCACAGUCGGUGACCUUUUAUCUCCCGGACGACCUCUGGUAUGAUUUUUGGACGCUUGAGCCUGUCCGCGGAAAUGGUGCCAGUAUUAUUCGAGAUAACGUCACCUUUACCGACAUUCCAGUACAUUUCCGUGGAGGUACCAUUGUCCCAAUGCGGGUCGCUUCCGACAACACCACCACGGCGGUUCGUACCAAGAACUUUAAUCUUGUAAUUGCCACAGGAGUUGACGGCAAGGCCGAGGGGAAUUUGUAUUUAGAUGAUGGUGAGAGCAUUGAUGGGUUGUACACCGAUAUCCAGAUGGAAUGGAAUGGAACCACGCUGUCGACCAGCGGUCAAUUCGACUAUCACACAACGGUCGUUAUUGAGAGUGUGACGGUUCUUACAGAUAGAGGCGCCACGACGCAAAAAGGGUCUUGGACUUUGAACUCUCAGUUUUCAGUCAGAAUUUGA